AUGGCGCAGAAGACAAUAUACGAGUCUGCCCAUAAAGGCGAUUACGAUUUUAUAGUAAGGAAAUUAGAAGAAGAUCCAAGUUUACUUACAGCGAAAGACUCGAACCAAAGAAUCCUGCUACACUGGGCUAGCAUUGGAGGCAAUCUUAAAUUAGUUACCUACCUAAUAGAACUGGGUUCUCCUAUUGAUCCACUAGACGACACUGAAACUACCCCAUUGAUUUUGGCCAGUUCUGCGGGUCACGAACAAGUAGUUUCUUUGCUUAUCGAUAAAGGCGCCAAAAUUGAUCAGCAGUCCACCAAUGGACAUUCAGCUUUACAUGGCGCCGAUAUCAACAUAACCGAUAAACGUGGCAGUACGCCCCUGCACAGAGCAUCCUCCAAAGGAAAUUUGGAAAUAAUAAAGAUUCUGCUAGAACGCGCUAAUGAUCUGAAGAUCAAUCACCGCGACGUCUAUGGCAAUUCCGCCUUGCAUUUGGCUUGCGAGGAAGAUAGACAAGAAGAGGCGCUUCUUUUGGCCAAAAAUGGUGCGGAUUAUUCGUUGCUGAAUAAGGAUAAGCAGACACCCUUGGAUUUGUGCACUCCUAAAUUGGCGAGGUUGUUGAAGGAACUACGCUGCCAGUAG